AUGUGCCGGCCCUGCUUUCGUUGUAAUGCACCGAAGUUGCACGCGAGCGCAAUGGGAAGAAAACAAGACAAGAAACAAUUCCAACGUCAAGUGGAGCAUCACGAGAAUAGCGUGCUUUGAAAACGCUGGGGUGUGAAAGUAAUUGGCGAUUUGAUGGUAGCAUAAUCUGAUUGAAUUUAGCGCCGCCGCUGCUGCAAAGCAUAACCCAAAAAUCUUCACGGCCUCACGUCCUGCUAAUCUGCUGCCCGCCACCGAGCACUUUGGUACGGUCGAGUAUUUGCUAGACGCUGGGAAUGGAUUCCGGCAGCACAGAGAUCGUUUUCGAGUGCGAUAGCUUCCGGCUACACAGCGACGGCCACGCCGAGCGUACCGGCGGCAUGGACAGGGUUCCCGCCGGCUUCGACGCGGACACCGGGGUCACCUCCAAAGACGUCAUCAUCGACGCUGCCACCGGCGUCGCCGGGCGGCUCUACCUGCCAGCCAUCGAGGCGGCCCCGUCGUGCGAGUCCGACAACAGCGCCACGACGAUGCUCCCGAUCCUCGUCUUCUUCCACGACGGCUACUUCGUCGUCGGCUCACGUGGUUGUCCUAGCUGCCACCGCUACGUGAACUCUAUAGUCGCCAGCGCCCGCGUCGGAGCUGUCUCCGUCGAUUACCGCCUCGCGCCCGAGCACUCGCUUCCUGCUGCCUACGACGACUCAUGGGCCGCGCUCAACUGGGCGGUUUCCGGCACGGACCCGUGGCUAUCCAGCCACGGCAACCUCGGGCGCGUGUUCUUGGCCGGCGUCAGCGCCGGCGCGAACAUCGCCCACAACAUGGCCAUCGCCGCGGGCGUGAGCGGCUUGCACGCCGUGGAACCACCACGCGUAGAAGGCGUGAUCCUGCUCCACCCUAAUGCGCAGCAGGAUGUCGAAACACGCAGCACGCGCUUGUGGACCGAGUUACCAGUCUUGGCACUGGAGGGGCUUGUGGAGUGUGGAGCCGACAAGCACAUGAUUCGCAACCACCGCCAUUGCAUCAGAGAACAGGGUCUUAUAGGUCUUUCGUACGGAGGUUAUACAGAAUUUGUUUAUAGAUUGUGGGACGUGUGA